CGUGAUCGGGGAGUCAUAGCCGGUAGAGGUAAGACCGUCUUUGCGGACACACGCAUCGGUGAUGAAGUUACCGGUGGCUCCAAUGUCGAGGAGGGCCCGGAACUUAGUUGUUGACACACCAAGGGUGGCAGCGAUGAAUUUGAGGUGGAAACGAGAUGAGUUGGCGGUGGAGAUGAUGGUGUUGAGGCGRCGUUGUUCGUUGCCUAAGCGGACAAGCCGAUCGUGUCGGGCUUGUUCCUCAACAACAUCGGAGAAGGUGAUAGUGGAUGCAUUUGGAGGAAGGGUAGAGGAGCAUGAGGCAGUGGGAGGUGUUUGCGACGCCUGGGAAUCGUCCGGUGGAGGGGGCAUCGCCGGAGAGGGGGAAGGCAAACGAAUUGGCGAUGUCGGAUGGGCCAUCGGUGCGACGAAGGAUGUCACAGAUGGUUGGUUUGUUGGUGCCCCAAUUGGCGACAACGGAAGCAACCCCCUUUUGCUUGGAGGAAGUGAUGGAGGUGGUGUCUUCGGGGGUAAUGUGGUGGAAAAAGUGGGUGCGGGAGGCACCGGGGGGGGCCUGGUGGUGGGGGUGGAGGAGUCGAUCGUGGUGGAGCAUGCGAGAGAGGAGGUCAGCAAGGGGCAUGUCGGGUUCGUGGGCGAGGGCGGUUGCAAGGUCUUUGUGGCAUACUCGUUUGAUGCGGGAGAUGAACGCACAGUCGGGAAUGACGGUGUGGGGGAGGUGGUGUCGGAGGGAGCGGACGUAUUGGACGAAGCGGUCCGUGGGACCGGUCUGGCGGAGGUGGCAGAAUUGUUCAAGGUAGUCGUCAAUGGUUUUCUGGGGCCGGAAGGUGGCAGUGAGGCGGGUGGCCCAUUGGAGGAAGGUGUGGCGCGGUCCUCCGGAGGCUCGGCGGUUGCUAGCUUCAGCCAUCCACCAUUUGGCUGCAUUGCCGAGGAGGCGGGAGGUGGCAAUGGGGAGCCAGUGGGCAAGGGGCAUGUGGUGGAGUUGAAAUGAGUUCUGAAGCUGGAUUAGGAAGAGGAAAACGUCCUCGUGGGUGAGGCCGGAGAAGGACAUGAUUUCGCUAGAUCGGAAGGAACGGGGAUUUCCCCGUCGCG